AUGCAUCCAAGGCAACAAAUUGAAUUGGUAAGAUCAAAAAUAUCAGAUAGGCAGCAACCUUACUACAAUGCCUAUCUUCAAUUGUUAAAUUAUACAUAUAAUGCAUCGAAUCAUACUACUCAUGCUGUAGUUAAUUUUUCUAUUCCUGGCUAUUACGUCAAUCCUGCCCUACAUGUAAACAGAUCAUUCGACCUUCAAUCAGAUGGAUUUGAUGCGUAUGCUAGUGCAUUGGCCUAUCAGCUUAGUGGUGGUCAAUCUAAAUAUGCUGAUCAAUCGCUGCGCUUCUUGACUGCAUGGGCUGAAGUGAACAAGGAAUAUUCUGAUUCGGAUGGUCCCUUAGUUAUGACUUAUGCAGGGACAGCGAUGAUUCUUGCUGGCGAAUUACUCUCCAACUACAACGGAUGGAACUAUACGAAUAAGCAAGAGUACUUCAAUUGGGUACAAAAUGUCUAUCUGAAAGCAGCAACAGAAAUUCGAACACGCGCAAAUAACUGGGCAGAUUGGGGUAGAUUUGGAUCAGUUUUGACGGCGUACUUGUUGGACAAUGCACAAGAGAUGACUACCAGUAUCGAUUUGAUCAAGAGUGAUCUCUUUCUUAAAAUUGCCGAUGAUGGUCAUAUGCCUCAGGAAACGGUGAGAGAAGCUCACGGGAUUUGGUAUACAUACUUUUCACUGGCACCAAUGACGGCCGCAUGCUGGGUUGUCUAUCAAGCAACAGGCGAAAAUCUCUUUACUAAUUACUCGAAAGGCAAUGCUUCGAUUAAGCAUGCACUCGACUACUUAUUUUAUUAUAAUCUCCAUGGAAGAGAAUGGCCAUGGUAUCCAAAUGUCACUGUGGGAACACCGGCAGGAUGGCCUGGUGUCUUAUUUGAAGCCAUGUCAUCAAUUUAUAAUGAUAGUCGAUAUGUGGAAUAUGUGGAAGCGUCAAGACCGUUAUGCUACAAUCAUCAUCAUUAUGGUUGGGUGUUCCCUACGUUGAUGCCAGUUCAAUUAGGCGAUAUUAAACACUAUCCUGAGGGUGGAAGUGUGAACGUAUGA